AUUUGCCAAGGUUUGACUUCAAACAAAUGAGGCAUUGAGGAAAUAUUUUUUUGAUUUGGUAUAUAAAGUGGUUGAUAAAACAAUCAAAACUAUCAGUUUCAAUUCAGUUCUUCAGAGUAAUCAAUCGAAUACUACCAAAACUCUUUCAUCAUGUUCAAAUUCUUCACUUUGUGCUUGUUGGCUGUCAUCGCCGCUGUUGCUGCUAAACCAGCUAUUGUUGCUCCAUUGGCAUACUCUUCUCCUUUGAUUGCAUCGCCUUACACUGCUGCCUACACUGCUGGAUAUGCUUCACCCUAUGUCGCAGCAGCUUCACCCUAUGUUGCUUCUCCAUAUGCCGCUUACUCAGCCUACCCAUAUGCUGCUUCAUACUAUGUUCGUUAGGAACUAAUGCGAAAAGAAGAGUGUAUUCGAAGUAAAACUAAUGGAUUAUGUUGACGGAUCCUAAAAAAUAAA